CUGAAAUGUAGUAGCCAAGUUUUGACUGUAGAGGUUCAUUUCCUGUUGACGCUUUAUUUUUAUCUCAUGGUGAGCAAUUAACAUUAUCAACAUAAACAGCCCAUCCGAUGUGUCAAUCCAAUUUGCUCCAGGCGACAACUAUAUUUUUCGAGUUUCAUCAUCCAUGCUGAAUUAGUUUCCAAGUAAAAGCUCGAGGGAUUUAGUGCUACAAUAACUUUAUUUUGUAACUAGGAAAGAUGUCGAUUUUUGGUAAUAGUGGUGGUGGCGGUAGCCUCUUUGGAGGUGGAGGCGCUGCAGCAACGACCACGACUGCUGGUGGAGGCAGCUUGUUUGGGAGUGCUCCUACCGCAGCACCCGCAGCCGGUGGUAGUUUGUUCGGAGGCGGCGCAGCGGGGACCACAACUGCAGGCGGCGCAACAUCCAGCCUGUUUGGGAAUGCACAGCCAGCAGCGCCAGCAGCUACUGGAGGUAGCCUGUUCGGCGCGGCAGCGGCAGGGCAGCCAGCAGCUGGUGGCACCACCAGUCUUUUCGGCAACAGCACUGCAGCCGCACCAAAUACUUCCGGAGGUGGUCUGUUUGGGUCAACUACAACCACACAGGCUGCGACUGGUGGCGGUUUAUUCGGCAAUUCUGCGCCAGCAGUGGGAAACACAGCUGGAGCGGCUCCCCCAGGUGGCCUCUUUGGUGGUGGGGCAGCAGCAUCUUCUAGCAUUGCAAAUGGGGGGAUACAGACGUUGGGUCUCAACCAACAACAAAUGCAGGCCAAAACCAUUCUGGAACAGUCCGAAUUGGAGAACUGCUUUUACGAGCUUCAAAAGCUAGAUAACGAUCGUGUUGCGAGAAAUGUGGGGUGGACGUACUGCUUCUUCAUGGCGCCAAUGUCAAUUAUUAACAGCUGCUCUAGAAUCAACUAUGUUCAGCAAGAGAUUUCAUUCGAGCACUCACAUCGUAGUAAGUAGAACUCUGUUGAAACUUAAGAAUUCUUUUCCUUGUCUAGAAAGAAGCACUUUCAGAUCUCGUCUCUACGGUCAACAGGAAUAAAGUUGGCAACAGGGACAUUUGCAUGCACGCAUAAUAUUGACGAACGUCAUCUUCACCACUACAACAACAGGUAUCACGGAGUUUCCGCUUCCGCAGACUCGCAGCUCCUUCAAAGUGCAUUAGCGGAGCUAAGUCAGUAUGAUCAUAUCAAGCAUGGCCCAGACGUGAAUAAGUUCAGGUUAGCGAAAGCACAAAAUCCUUUCGACCAGCACGUGGCGCUGCCGGUCCGCCUCUUAGGCUUCGAACAGCUCAAGCAGCAUUUCUUGCAGCAAGAUCAGAAGCUCUCAGAACAAGACCAAAAGGUACUUCCCCCACUGACUUUUACACCCUGCCCAUUUUGAAACUAAUAGCUUAUAUCACAAGUAGUGGUAAGAAAGACUAAGACAAAAUUUUUCCUAGGAACAGACUUUUCGUUAGCUUAUACCAAGUGGAAGUCAACAUAAUGAUUGUUACUUACAGUUAAAUAGUAAUACUUACAAUAAUCAUAAAAAAGGUGGCAGAGUUAUCAAGCGCGAUAAAGAGUUUGCGAACUAGCGUCGAGGCGAAGCUAUCAGUUCAGCUUGCGGAAGCUCGGAGUCGACAUCUGAAGCUAACGCGACAGCUCGUUGCGAUCCUAACGCAGCUAGAAGCCUUUGGCGUGCAAGUGGGCGCCUGCAGAAGAGACUACGACAGAGAAAGCGCACUAGAAAACAAAUUCACGCAGAUUGAUAACGAAGUGCAAGGAAUCCGAGUCGGGGAACUAUUGUAUUUCUUUCAUUGCCGCGUCAGCCUCAGAUAUAUCUCUAUGAAGUAGAAUUUUGACAAAAAUAUAAUGUUUGUGGACUACUUAAUAUCCUGAUGCAAGGAGUCAGUCUCUCUUUCUCUUUGACAUUUUACAAGCAUAUUGUUCUCCAGGUACAUGGCGCACGGAUUAGCUCUUCAGGAGGAUGCAGGACAGCAAUCAGUUCUGAGCAAACAGGAAUUGGAGAAGGUGAUAACUCUGAUCGCCAACCAGACAGAGUUGAGCGAGGAGCUGCAAUCCUGUUUGCGAGAAAAACAACGGGAAAUCGCUGUCAUGGGCCAAGCAUUGCGGAUUGGAGAACGUAAAUAACUCAUUCGCAAGUGAGAACGCAAGUAAACGACACGACUAAGUUUGAUUGUUUUUCUUCGUUCACACAUUGAUUCUUUGCUUGAAUCGUUUGUGAAAGUUCGCAGCAAGAAAUCUACAUCCUUCCCACGCGCACACUCAUCUUCCCACACCCCAUGAGUAUCAAUUUGUGUUGAUUUCUGCAUUGAUGGAUUGAUAUGGUUUACAGUUACUGGCCUCCGAAGAUUGGUGUUAGCACUGUCAUUGGUAAUCGGACGGAUCUAAGGUUUCUUUUCAGGCGUAGCAAUGUGUCCAUCUGAAUGCAACUGAGACGAAACAUUUGAACGACAAGUUUUAUGUAAGAGACUUGUAACCCACGAAGAUUCGAGUAUGAUCCCGAGACGAG